AUGGUGAGAAGAUUCGCUGCCUAUCUUCGUGGCCCCGAAGGCAGGCCAGGUGAGGCCCGUCUCUUGCGGAAACUGGACUUCUUCAUCCUCACCUUUUGCUGUCUGAUGUAUUUUGCAAACUAUUUGGAUCGAAACAACUUGGCUAAUGCCUAUGUCUCGGGGAUGAAAGAAGAGCUGCACUUCCAUGGGAACCAGUUCAAUCUCAUCAAUACCAUCUUCACUGUUGGAUACGUGCUCGGCCAGGUCCCUUCUAACCUGGCCCUCUACCAUCUUAAACCCCGAUACUUCCUGCCAGGCAUGAUGGUCGUAUGGGGAGGACUCACCAUGGCCACUGCCGCUGUCCACAACCCUCAGGGCAUCAUGGCCAUCCGCUUCUUCCUCGGCCUGGCCGAGUCGUCUACCUUUGUAGGAACCCACUACAUAUUGGGUUCGUGGUACACGGAGCGAGAGCUGGGUAAGCGAUCCGGCAUCUUCACUGCAUCAGGUCUAGCAGGGACCAUGUUUGGCGGCUUCAUCCAGACAGGAAUUAACUCCUCCUUGCAUAUGAAGGCCGGCAUGUCCGGCUGGAGGUGGCUGUUUAUCAUCGACGGGCUCAUCACCAUCCCGAUUGCUGUUUAUGGCUUCUUUCUGUUCCCCGAUACGCCCAGGACGACCCAUGCCCCUUAUCUCACGGCAGCGGAAAAGGCUCUCGCCAUAGACCGCCUCCCGACCCGCGACGUGGCGCGAACGAAGAUCGACUUUGCCUUUGCAAAGCGUGUCUUCUCGACCUGGCAUCUAUACGGCUUUGUCGUGCUCUGGGUCAUCGCAGGCGAGACCGAGUCCUUCUCCACCAACUCUUUGCUCGCCUUGUACAUGAAAUCGCACCCCACCAUCAAGUUCAGCGUGGCCCAGAACAACAACUAUCCCUCUGGUAUUCCCGCCGUAGGCAUCGUAUCAACCCUCUUCUGGGCCACCCUGACCGACUUCCUCGGUGGGAAGCGUUAUCUAGUCGGUUACUGGAUCGCCAUCACUGGGGUGGUCACCUCUGCCAUGAUCCUCGCGCCUGGUUCGUCGACGGCCACCGUCUUUGCGGCCUACUAUUGGGCCGGCUCGGUGUACGCCUGCCAGGCCACCUUCUUCGCCUGGGCAAACGAUGUGAUGCGGUACAAGGAUGACGCCUGGCGCAGCAUCGUCAUCGCAGGCAUGAACAUGGGCAGCAAUAUCAUCAACGCUUGGUGGAGCAUUGUCUUUUAUCCCGCCAGUGACGCCCCUUAUUUCCGGUCUGGUAUGUAUGCUAUGAUCGCAUGCUCGAUUGCAAUGGCGAUAUGGACCGGGUUUGUGGUGUUCAUGGCCUGGCGAGAGGGGAAGCGGGCUGUGGACUGCGAGACACAGGCAGAGAAACAGGCAUGCGACCAGAGUUGGAAGGUUGAAGAUGUCAUGGUACCCAGCACCGAUAUCCUUAAACUCAGAGAUGCUCUAGUCAAUGACAACAUAUCUCUGGGCUUCAGGCAUAAUAGUGGUACUCUGUACCUGCUGAGUGCCGGGUAUCUUGACGCGUAG